CAAUAUAUAUACAUAAAGCAAACAAACCCAUUCAAGCACAAACCAAGUUGACCACAAAAGUAAAAGAAAAAUGGGGAUAAGAACUAUUUGGGCAUUAUUAAUGAUGAUGAUGAUAAUUGAAGUAGAGUCGAGUCUUCACAGAGUAGGCGGUGGAAAAUACAAUUGGAAACCCGAUGUUAACUUCUCCGAUUGGGCCAACCACCAACGCUUCUACUCCGGCGACUGGCUCUAUUUUGGGUUCGAUCGGACCCGUCACAACAUCCUCCAAGUAAACAAGAGUAGCUACGAGCAGUGCAUCGAUAAUGAUUUUAUAUUCAACGUGACAAGAGGAGGACGAGAUGUGUUCCAACUUCUUCAACCAAUGCCUUAUUACUUUAUUUGCGGUAGAGGUUAUUGCCUCAAAGGAAUGAAGCUCUCCGUUAACGUCCUUCCUCAGCCGCCGCCUUCAACUUCGACUGUUCCCAUCAUUCCCGCCUCAACCGCCAACACUCUCAUAAUAGACUCAAACGCUUUCACCGCUAUUGCUACCACCAUUCUUACGGUCUUCAUUUUUAAAGCUUUAUACUUCGAGUAGGCUAUGUGACUAUUUCGUUUCUUUGUUGAAUUGGAUUUUGGUGAUAUGUGACUAUUUCGUUUCUUUGUUGAAAUGGAUUUUGUUGCUUUAAAUUGAAACUAAAGUUCAAUUUCUGACAUGUUCAUUACAUUAUCUCUUUAUUUUGUUCUUAUGUUCUAGUUGAUUAAAUCUAGUGAACCAUUUUCGAUAGUUAUUAUAUAGAGAAGAGCUGCCACUUGUCAUUUCUCCUCUAAACUUUGCCUUUCAUUAAAGCAAAUUUUGUUUCAAUCCUUUGAGCCAGACCACGAUUAACCCUUACGUCUUCUUCAUCUGCACACCGAAAUUUAAGGGUUUACCAGUCCCUUCAAUCUCCGACAUCGGUGUCGUUCACACACACACUCAGACAACAACAAUGGAGUUUGGAGUGACUGGGUUGCUAAAAUGGACGUGUAUGAUCUCUCUGGUCUUCAAUGGUGUCUUUUUGUCUUCGGUCGUAAUCAAGCGUAAUGUUCAUAGUUACAGAUUCAUCUCCUUUAUUGCCUUAUUAAGGCUAUCGAUCCACAACAACACGAUCUGCCAUUCAGUGCAACUCUGUCUUCUCCAAGGCGGUGUAUACAACUCUGUCUUCUUCAAAAGAAUCUGAUCUGAAGCCAAGGCGAUCCACAAUAAUCAUUCUCUCAAUCUUCAAAAGGCUAACUCCUCUGAUCUGAAGUCAGGUCGCUGUUCUUCUACCGUUGAGGUUAAGUUGCUCAGAUUCUGGGAAGAAGUCAAGCGUGGUGGCGAACUAAUCCCCAUCCAACCAGUUUAGUAGAAACAAGAGCAUGUUCGUGGAAAGAACAUAAAACAUUCCUGAUAGCUUCAGGUCUUCUGUUAAGGCCAAGUACGCCGAGUGGAGACCAAUCUUGAAGCUCAAGACCGGUGGACGCUGUGUGGAUCAAAACAAGUAACAAUCAGUGAAGAUCA